CAUGUCACGUGACACGUCACGUCACGGCCAACUGCCGCCACAGCUGUUUGAGCCGCUGCCAGACUGACCGGCCCGCUGUCGUCUUGAUGUAGAAGUGACCCCCCUGAAAAACACCAUACUGUUAUGAUACAGAAGAACACCAGCAGGGAUCCAGUCGGAGAGGUGUAAAUAUUCUGGUCGCUUUCGUACUCGUUCAGAACUUAAGAAAUGAAUGAAUAACGUCAGCGCAAAAGAGCAGCAUACGGCGGCGGCGAUAAAAACGUCCAAUUUCUGAACAAGAACAGCAGCUGCAGCUGAAAGACGGACACCAUGAAUUACGUGGGGCAGUUGGCAGGUCAGGUGCUGGUGACGAUGAAGGAGCUGUAUAAAGGCAUUAACCAAGCCACACUAUCGGGCUGCAUUGAUGUCGUGGUGGUUCGGCAGAAGGAUGGGACGUACCAAUGCUCCCCUUUCCAUGUGCGGUUUGGCAAACUGGGUGUUCUACGCUCCAAAGAGAAAGUGAUUGACAUAGAGAUCAAUGGGGAGCCUGUAGAUCUUCACAUGAAGCUGGGAGAUAAUGGAGAAGCCUUCUUUGUGCAGGAAACUGAGGAGCAAAAUGAGGUUGUCCCAGCCCACCUUGCCACUUCACCCAUCCCCACAGAGAGUCACCUGUUUUGGAUUGGAGGCAAUCACAGGUCAAGUCAGAACCUGGAUGAUGAUCCACUGGACCCUGAGGACCCUCCCGAGCCCCCUGUUUCCAGCACAUUGGCAGGCAAAAAGAAGAAGAAACGGAGGAAGAAGCAUAAAGGGGACCCACGGCGAGAAGAGCUGACCCCUUCCGUUGCCGUCAGCUCUACCACAUUAACAGAUGACAUCUUUGAGAUGGACCUGAGUUCAGACGAGGAAGCUGCUUCCAACACCAGUCUUCCUUUCAGAUCAUCUUCGAUCAGUACAGUUCAAGACACUGAACCCAAAUUAACAACAGUUCGUCAUUCUUUGGACAACUACCCUUUUUCUGAUGGAGACUGGUCUCCCUCUGAUUGUCAUGCCAUAUCAGAGUCCUUCUCCCCCAAGAGUGACUCUGAACUGGUCGUUCGGCCCUCAGAGAGUUUGCUCAAAAUGGAGUCACACAUGCAGUGGACAUGGGGAGAGUUUCCAGAAUCUACAAGGGUUUCUAAGAAGGAGAAGAUGGAGCUGCCAAAGACCAUGACCAUAACGCCUUCAGAGAACACUCACUUUAGAGUCAUCCUGAGCUCAGAGGCUAUGGAGACAGAUGAAAGAGGACCAGCUUUAGGUGCUUCAGGCUGUACCAUAGUCAAGCCUGAACCUCGCACCCCUGUCACCCCCAAAACACCCACUGAGUCUGAGUUAGAGGCAGAGUCUAGUGGUGUGAUGACCUCCACUCCUUCAGACAGCCCUCCUACUGCUCCUACUGCUGCUCCACCUACUGCCUCUGUUGCUUAUUUGGAUGGGGACAUGGGGGAUGUUGGCUUCAAGACUGACUCACCCUCCAAGAAGAAAGGUGUCCCAAAAAGGAGUCAGCACCAGGGCCCUGAAGACAUCUACCUGGAUGACCUGAAUGUGCUAGAGCCUGAUGUUGCUGCUCGCUAUUUUCCUAAGAGUGAUUCAGACCCCAGCUCUAAGCAUUGGAUGGACUCUGGAAUGUGCUCAGGGUCUCAGUCCCCGCAGUCUGUGGGCAGUGCUGCGGCUGAUAGUGGCACUGAGUGCCUGUCUGACUCUGCCAGUGAUCUGCCUGACGUCACUCUGUCCCUGUGUGGAGGACUCAGUGAGAAUGGAGAGAUUUCCAAAGAAAAAUUUAUGGAGUAUCUCAUCACGUAUCAUGAAUUUGCAGAGAAUCCAGCUAUCAUAGACAAUCCAAAUUUGGUUGUGAAAAUAGGAAACAGGUAUUACAAUUGGACAUUGGCUGCACCUUUGAUCUUAAGUUUGCAGGCAUUUCAAAAGAAUUUACCCAAGGCUACAGAGGAAGCUUGGGUGAAAGAGAGGAUGCCAAAGAAAUCAGGCCGUUGGUGGUUCUGGAGAAAGAGAGCCGACAGCACUAUUAAACAGUCAGAAAGCACUGGAAAGCUGGAAAUAAAGCAGUCCCAAAUGGAGGAAGGCGGUUCCCCUUUAUCAAUGGAAAGCCAUGCCCGCAAAGUGGACACCAGGGACACGUCCAGUGAUGAGGAGGGGAAGGAGGUGAGCGCUGCUGCAUCAUCAAUGGAGCGCAAGGUCCAGUCUGAGCCCCACGGCCAAACCUCUACUCACUCUUACCGCAAAUCUCUUCGCCUCUCCUCUGACCAGAUUGCUAGUCUGAAACUGAAAGAAGGACCCAAUGAUGUGACAUUCAGCAUCACAACACAGUACCAAGGCACGUGUCGCUGUGAAGGUACCAUCUACCUUUGGAACUGGGAUGACAAAGUGGUCAUCUCGGACAUUGAUGGAACCAUCACCAAAUCAGAUGUGUUUGGACAGAUUUUGCCUCAGUUUGGGAAGGACUGGACACAUCAGGGCAUUGCUAAACUAUACCACUCUGUGGCAGAGAAUGGCUAUAAAUUCCUGUACUGCUCAGCAAGAGCAAUUGGCAUGGCAGACAUGACACGAGGGUAUCUGCAGUGGGUAAACGAUAGAGGCAGCAUCCUGCCACGUGGACCCCUCAUGCUCUCUCCCAGUAGCCUCUUCUCUGCAUUUCACAGGGAAGUAAUUGAGAAGAAGCCAGAAAUCUUCAAAAUUGAAUGCCUUACUGACAUUAAGAACCUGUUCCAAACCAACAAACAUCCUUUUUAUGCUGCAUUUGGAAACCGAACAAAUGAUGCUUUUGCCUAUAAGGAGGUUGGAGUGCCACUCUGCAGAAUCUUUACAGUCAACCCCAAAGGAGAGCUCAUACAGGAGCAAGCCAAGGGCAACAAGUCCUCGUACAGCAGAUUGAGUGAGCUGGUUGAUCAUGUCUUUCCCUUGCUGAAUAAAGAACAAAGUUCAGCUUUCAGUUUCCCGGAAUUCAGUACCUUCUGUUUCUGGCGUCAGCCUAUCCAUGAAAUCCAUCCUGAGGACCUGCUCUUAUAGACCUGCUCUAAAGACCCACGUUUAUUUGCUCAUCCCUGCCAUCAGUACCACUUAGCUGGUAACCCUCAACAUCUCUAGUUCUAGACAAUUAAAGGUGGUGCUUUAUCCCACCUGGGACAUAAGGACUGCUCCUCCUACUCAACUACUUGUUUCUAACAGAACAUGUGUGAUAGAGAACACGAGAAUAGUUCAAAUACAACUUUGCAUACCAUCACAUAAAUGGAGUGUAGGUAGAACUUCCACAAACUCAAGUACUUGGUGCUGCUCUGCCUGUGUUAACAAAAUCCAAUUUCUAAUCUGUAUCAUUUUCAGUGAUUUAGCUGCCAAGAGUUAAGCUGCUUCAGCUCUGAAGGAAUUUAUUGCUAAUGGGCUUUUGAAAUAUUGGGCUAAUGUUUACAGUAUUAGUUAGAUGACCUAUGGCCUUUAAGUCAGCGGAAUGACUCUGAGAGAUGAGUGUGCAGCUAUUCGAGUUGUUUGAAUGUGCGUAUGGUUAAAGGUGGCAUAGAUACUCAAAAGUAUGCACAGAAUGAGCCAUGCAACAUGAGUGCGCAGCUCAUUACUUACAGUUAAGCAGAUUAAAUGUUCUCCGCAUCGUACAAUUGACUAGAUUCCUAUGAUAAGUAAACAGAGGAAUCCAUCGUAAUUGGGUUUCUUGUACUGUUUCCCAGCUGUUGACAUUUUCAUCGCUUGGUUGCUACACAAUGCCUUACCGGUCACACUUCAGCUGCAGCCAAGAGAGAAGAAAAUAACAGAUCGUCUUGCACUUAACUCAUGAUGGAAAUGCAAUAUAGUUUGAAGCUUUUCAGCAGUCUUUGUGCACAAUGCGAGGAUUUAAGUGCUUUUAGAUCCUUGAACUAAACCUUAGGAGGAUAUCCGUAUUAAGUUAUGAAGAGUGUAGUAUAUAUUUGCUUUCAUUAUGAAGGCACUGACAGUAUGUUAUACCUUUAAUGUAGGAUAUGGCCUGUGUGGGAGUAGUGGUAUCAAAUGGUCUGAAAUUUUAAGGCCUUCUAGGUUUUUCCUUUUUUUCUACCAGGCCUUUGCAUGCUUUGUUUGGAAAAUCAAUAGGACAGUUCAUGUUUUACUUAUUGACGACUUCUGCUUGUAGACAGUAUAAAGGGUCGUCCUUUUGUACAUUUUCAUUAUUAGUGAACACUUUUGAGCAUCUGCAAAUUAUUACUGAAAUACUGAAGCCGAUGUGCAAGUGAAGGACUAGGGCGAUCAGAUAAUUUGUAAGAGUUGACUGAAGUAAUAUGCUCUCUUUUUUCAGUAGCUGGUCACUAAGGUCUUGGCCCUUGCUUAACAGUCAUCUUUCAGUCACACCUUUGGGAUUUGGUCAAGUACCUUUAAAGGGACAGUUCACCCAAAAAUGAAGAUUUUUGGAAAUUACUCAUCCUCGGAAGAAAGAGAGUCAAAGUGGUUUGGAACAAUGUGAGUUUGAGAUAAAGAUGAUAGAAUUAAAUUUGUAGGUGAACUAUCCCUUUAAGAUCUCUUAAAAGCACUGUGUGCUAGAGCUAAAGAUAAGUUAAAGUAGAUGUAUAAAACUAGAGCACAAUAAAAUCAUUUCUUUAUAUAUUCAAGUACAACAAUUAUUUAGGGAACAUUUUGGGCAUUCCAUGGUUAAAUUGACUGUUUUGUAAUUUUGUGUGCGCGCGCGAGCACGCUUGUGUUGCGCUUUUCUGCAUUUGUGAUGUUAGGAAGUGAAAUCUGUUAAUUGUUAACAAAGGAAUCCCAUUCUUUCUAUGAAAGUAAUACCUCUUGUGUGGGAUGAACACACUUAUCUUGUAUGAACCUAACA